ACAUGCAUCCAUCCAUUGCAUUCUGGGGCAAUCGGAUCGGACGACGGCAAAGUAAAGUUUGUGGCAAAACAUAAUUUUACGUAUUUCCGAGCCCCUUUUGUCCAGUUACUGGCAAAGCAGCCCGGUAAUUCCUGUUCGUCUACGGCCACGAAGAAACAUGGCCAUGUGUGGCGGAUUGAAGGAACGUUGUGCCUGUUGACAUGACUUCCCAGUUCAGGAAUGAAGCUUGGCUGGAUCUACAAGAGGUUCACUCCUCGCUCAACUACCUGAAAGAAAAGUUAGACAAGACCGGUCGGAAGAUAGAUGCCACCUCCUCAUCUGGUCCGAUCCAGUUUAACUUCCCCGGGCUGCCUACAAGGUCCACAGAUGUCUACAAUGGGGAUCGACGAGCUGCCGCCUGUUUCGAUGCGGCAGCCUUGUCGACUGGGGAUAAAAGACAUCGAGGAAGUCUGCAGAAUGCAAAGCGACGUGAUUUUCACUCUGGCGAAUCGCCGAAGCGAAGAGGGUUUGGCGACGGACAGCGCACCUUCGUCAAGCCCGUCUGCAUCAACAAGGAAAUGCUGUCUUGGGACGCCUUUCACAGGCUGCCCAGUCGCCACGACCACUGCGCAUCAGCCUCGUCUGCCUUUGCCUUGGGGGAUGAUAAAGACCGGUUUCAGGUCAACAGCAGCCUUCGACCGAGCGGGCACGUCCGGUACAGAGCCGGGGAACGUGUCCCAAACGAUGGUGCCCUCCCUGGUUACGAGAAUGGGACAUUGCCGGGUGCCACGGAUAAGCUGAGGCGAGUCAUCGAGAGGCAGCGAAGGGCUGCGGAGAGACGAGCCCUGAGAAAAGUGCACGCUCCUCUAGAAUGUGAUCCUGUGCACCGAGAUUCGUUGCGUCCGCGACCCCGCCUCGACAUGCCGGCCGCAGCUCCGCCUCCGCGAUCCGAACACGUUGAUUCAGAACACGUCGCCAUUCCCCUCAAGAUACCCGAAAAUCUUGUCACCGCUGUUCCUCGCAAGAUCCACCAUGCUGCUCCAAUGAUCUUCCCAAGUGCCGCCGCUGAUCUUCCCAUGCCCCAAGUCGAGGAAGAUGCUUCGGCACGUCGCCUACGGAGCGCGGUUCCAGACGAAGACUACGUCGACGACUACCUCGAGUUCCUUCGGAUGCGAAUAGAAGAGAAAGAAACGGAGUCCGCGGAGAAGCCGUCACAGAUUGUUGCGGCCGUACCGAGGUCGGUUGCGGAUGCGCCGAGAGUCCUCGCCGACGUGCCAAGGUUCUUUGCGGAUGCGUCGAGGGUCGCGGGCGACGGGUGGUCCCUCGAAGAGGCGCAGUGCAUAGACCAGGAAGCCGAUGGAAGGGUGGAGCAGCUGGUGUGGAAGCGCAAAGUGGUCACCAUGCCGCCGCCAAAGGAGUACCGGGGUUUUUCGCUUGUCGGAGGCAGUCCAAGGGCUCGUAAGAAAAAGCAGCAGCAGCAAGCAGUUGCGCCAAAACAGAGCGCUCCUGUCGUGGCAUCAUCAAACCCUGCAGCCGACGCCAAGUCCACAACCGAUGCUGCUUUGGAAAAAGACUUGGCCAGGCCGGCGAAAAAGAGUGCAAUUACCCCGACCAGCUGGAAAGAGGGCCGAGACCUUGCCCUCAAAAAACACGGUCCCGUGCCUUCGGAUGCAGAUUCCAAGUUGCCGCAGCAUCAGACCAGCAAGCCAUCAGAGGACGAUGUCGACUCUUCAGAAGGCACAGCGUCUCGCCUCCAAGGACCUUCUUUGGAGCAAAAUCAUGCCACAGAGCCACCAAGAACCAUCUCUGGUUUGUCUGCACAAGCGAGGGCCCAAAGUGUCAAGAGGAAAGCGCAGCUACAAGCAGAGAUGGUGGAGCGCCCCUCUCCCGCGCCCAAGGUGCGCCACUACGAUGCUCCGGCGGUGCGAGAGUUCAUAGCAAAGCAGCGUCGGAGCCGCCAGGACGAUCGGAGGCGGGAGCAGCUGGGCACGGCGCAGGUGGUCAGGGCCAAGGAGGAGAGGCUGGAGAAGCUGUAUGCACUGCAGCGGAGGACCGCACGCGUCAGCGCGCAGAGGGGGCGGCAGAAGAGCAGGGAGCAGCAGGAAGAACAGGCCUUUGUAGAGCAGUUUGCGGAGCGCCUGAAAUCAAUUCCGGUCCGCAACGGAGCAGCUAGUCAACCUUGGUGCGAGGCGGACGACGACGCCCUCGGCGACGACGACUCGUCGCCAAGUGACGUGGCGUCUUCAAACAUCGGAGAUGCCGCGGUUCGAGCCAAUUCGUCUACGAAGCCGCCUCCUCGGAGAGACCAGGAAGUCCAGGUCAGCCGUCAAUGUUCCGUCGAGAAGGACGAUCGCCAGCCCGUGGAAAAACCGGAUUCUCGGCCAAAUAUUGGGGUAUAUUCCGACCACGAGUCUGGUGGCAGCUCCGAAUGUCCUUCUCGACUAUUCGAUUUUCACCUGCAAAAGGUAUCCGAAAAGGGGUCUCGUUAUGAACCAACGGAGCAGGUGCGGAACCUAGGUCGACUCGCAGUGAGCAUCAACAAUAUGAUUGACGAGCAAAUGCUCAGGAUGGGUAUUCCCAACCUUCCAGAGGUGUCACCUCAACAAGGCGGCCAGAAUGAUGAGGAUCUUCCUGCAAGGCUUAGGCGGCUUGUGUCGGCUUUUGACGUAGCCGAUCUCGACGCUGUCGUAGCAGAGCACAGUCAGGACGCUGCAGGCGGUGGAACCUCUUCGAACUCGGAGAUAUGCGGCGUCGAGGAGGCCGAUGCUGCCGAGAUGGCACGGAACUUUUUUCGAGCUCAUGUUGAAGAACUCAAGAAGGGACAAGCGGCCAAAGGGCUUAGCGAUUCUGAGGAAGACAGAUCGAAGGCUCCGAGAGAGGUUGUCGAAAGCAGGGACGUCAGCAUGUACGACAAGGCGGUCUCUGCACCAAGCUUCAAUGCAUUGAGGCUGUUCACCCUGGACAAAGAGCCUUCACAUCACCUGAUGCCCGACCCGAACAACAUUGCGAGCGCUUGGAGGAAAAAGAAUGUCAAAGCGUUCCUGACGAGCACGCGCCUGGGAGGCGACUCUAUGCUGCCGAGCUUUGGCGGGAGUGCUGACCUACCCCUUUCUCCACUGAAAACUCUCCGUGAGGCAAAACCAAGUCAGCGAAUUUCGGAAAGAACGUCCGGAGAACUGAGGACGUCCCUGCUGCUGGAGGAUUCUACGGCUCACGGUGCUACCAGAAAGUCGCACCGUGACAGCGCAGGUCGCCAGGGUGACGUCCACCGCACCAUGACGACGGGACCACCGGCUGACACAAUGACUGCUGCACAGAGUCAGGAAAGCGAAGCCACUCACUUGACUCCACCCUCAGUUGGAAUGGAAAGUGCAAAAACAUCGCAAGAAGGCGAUGUUAUGCCUUCGACUCCUGCUUCGAGGGACGUGUCACGGGGUUCCGUGCAGGAGGAAAAGAAGUCCGGCCUCGUCAGCUCUUCUGCAGCACUGCCGCCCCUCGGGGCUGUAGGGGGAGCGUGUGUGCCUGCAGUUGCGGCGCCCAGGAAGGUGAACCUCGACGACGACCGAGCCUGGAUUUUGCUGGAAGCCCAAGCCAAAGCUGCCCUGGCGUCGGCCGAAACAGCACGACAGUUAGUUCAGGACCGCGGACCAUCCAUGAUGGAGCGACGCAGCGAAGACCUCGCUCGCCUCCUCACUGCAGGCACUGUCGCCGCCGCCUCCGCUCUUGCAGCAAGCUUGGCGACACGCGGUUUCGGUUCCUACGUGCAUCCUUCCCAGAACGCCGAAGAGAAGCGACCGGCUGCGAAAGAUAGUUUAGACGGAAAGCCGCAUACAUUGUCUUCGGCUUCGUCGACGACGGCCCCCGGCAUCACAGACGAAGGAAGCUUCGAGUCGGACGACGAGAAGACGUCGACGACUCGGCGAACCACGACAGAGGAAAGUAGGUCUCCUCCGCUGACCAAAGAUGGCGCCGACGGAGGCAGCGGGGCUCCGGAUGCACCGCCCACCGAGCUUGACAACAGCAAGGAUGGUGCUCUUUCCGAAUCGGUCUCCGAGGAGCUGGGAGCACUGGGAUUGAGCGACUCCAGCACGGACAAAAGGAAAGAGAAGCCGCCGACUCCUUCCAAAAAACGGCAGCCAAAAAACUUGGUGCCCCUCUCUGCUGACAGCAGUGCCACUGAGGACUCUACGGGCGCUCGGAUGUGGAGCCAGAGCUCGGCCUUUGACCCGCUCCUGCUGGACAAGGACCUGCUGAGCUGCUCGCUGACCGAGAGACAAUCAGUGCCCGGCAGGGAGGGGGACGGGGCAGAGAGGCCCCUGGCGCUGCUGCGACUGCAGGAGAGGGACCUCGUGGAGCGGGCUCGGGCAGAGCUGGCCUGGCUGGAGGUGCUCAAGAGGAAGUGCAGAGAAAGAGGUUCGGAGGACAGGAUGCCAGCGCUGCGGAAGAAGCAGCGAGGCAUCCUCAUCAGGCUUCACCAGAAGCGAGCCGAGCUGAAGGCGCUCCAGGCCCGCCACCUCUCUGAGCCGCCACUGCAGUCGAAGGCCAGCCUCGACGCUUCGUCAGUUCCUACUCGCUCCGUCACCGAGGUGCCUUCCGAAAGUUUCGUGAGUGAGCCAGUAGAAGCAUCGUCGUUCUUGAGCGACCAUGGGACCGACCCCACGGGAGAGGUAUCUUCGAAACUGGAGGAGUCUGAGGAAGUCGAGAGCAAAACAUUGCUGCCAAGCAGCCAUGCCUCCGCGUUGGAAAGUGGCUCAGUUUUGGAAUUGCCCGAGGAUUCUACGCACUUAAAACUGAACGCCAGCAAAAGGCUUCUUGAGGAGCGUCAGCAGGAGCUCCAGGGCAGACGCAAAAAUGUUCAAGAGCUGCUGGACUGGCAGAAGAGGCUGAAUGCUGAGGAGGCCAGCGUCAGGGCACUUGAGAGGAGAGCCCUGGCCAGGCUGAGGGCACGGGCAGCCAAGGCCCCUCAGGGAAGAACGGAAAGUGUGUCGGUCACGCCGCCACCUUCCAAUCCGCCGGAUACAACAUCCAAGCAGAGUGACGAAGGCAAGGGCUCCGAGACAGUAGAUGCCGUGUCGACCGAGGAAGACAUUGCAGAAGAUACGGCAGCGACAGCACCUGUCACCGUCACGGAGUCCGUUCCGGAAGAAGAGAUGGACGAACAAACGAGUGGCGACCAACAAGGGACCUCCACUAUAGAGAGCCAAGUGGUGGCGUCAGGAUCGUCCUUUGAGGCAGAAGUGCAGACGGAGACCACGACUAAGCGGAGCUCCAGUAGCCGUCGGUCUUCUCCCCGGAGCCACGAUCGUUCUCCUUCUCGUGCGCUGUCGAGCGGGCGUACUGCCGCGGCAUUGCUCCUCAAGAGACCCUUGGUGCCAAGGAUGAGAGGCCCCAAGGAUUCGGGGAGUGGAUCCGAAGACUCCUUCAAUGUGUCCCUGUCCGAGACUGCGUCCGACCAGAGCGACAUUGAGGUCAGGAUUCUGGCACUGAGCGAAGAGCUGAAGAAGCGGCAGCUAGAGGCUGUGCAGCUGAGGAAAGAGCAGAGGAGGCGCCGCACGGAGUUUCUCAGGGAGAAGGAGGAGUCCCUCAAGAGGCACAUCGAGGUGUACGACACGCUCAUCCAACAAGCCAAGGAGGAGCUCGAGAAGGAGCUGGACCUGGCACAGCAUGACAAGAGUGUCUGCGUGAAGCCGCAGAUCAAGAAGCCACGGGCGGCCGAGCAGCGCAAGCACAGGAUUCCACAGCUGACUCCGGACAGCAGCUUGCCAGUACCGUCGUUGGUUCCGCAAGCCAAACCUUCCAAGCCAAAGGCAGAAUCUUCGCAAGAGACGUCGUCAAACAGUUCUUCCACGAAGGCGGUGUCGGGAGGGGAGGUCCCAACAGAAGUGCCAUCGUUCGAAUAUAUUGAUGCUGCGUCAUCCAUUGAAGAGAGGAGCCACGACUACACCGCUUCAGUCGUUGAAGACAAUAGCAAAGCUGCUGUCUCUGAAGAGAUCAGCGAGCGAGUCAGCGAAGAAAUUCAAGAGGCCUCUUUCCAGGAAGAAGAGUCUUUGAGGGGUGAAGCUACGGACACGAGCGGUUCGUCCGCUCAGGGUACAUCGACAAAAACGUUAUCCGCGAAAGAGCGGGGCGUCUCGGUGAGAAGCGAAAAGUCGGACGAGGUUUCGGAGGAUGCCGGUUCCGAAGGCGUACCAUCGUCGGCAAACAAGACCGAUGCCUCCUCGAGCCACAGGACGGAACCCCCGCUCUCCGCCAAAGACCUCAACGAGUCCUCGGUCGAGGACACCCCGAAGUCAUCCUUGGAUGCCAUGGAAGAAGACGUUCAAAGCUCGACGGCGGCGCACGAGAGCUCAAUCAAAGACACUGAGGCUUCCAUGAUUGCAGCGGAAAACACCACUGCGCCCGUGACCACUCGUGAAGCCGAGGCAGAAGAGCAACUUGAAGACGACUUUGACGCCGUCGAAUCGUUUGCAGAGUACUCCGAAGAGAUUGUGCGGAGCACCUUUCUAGACGAUUCUAGGAAGCGGGUUGUCGAGGACGACGCAGAUCAAGAGGAGCAGGUGGAGAUGGCGGUGGAGAGCAUUUGGAGUUGUCUGCUAGACGACACGGCCCACGUUUUUCGGGAGGCUUUGCUGGGGACGAAAGACAACCAGGAGGCGCGACAGCGGAAAGUGGCCCAAAAGGAAGGUGACGGCGAGAACGCUUCCAGGCAGUUUGGCGGCAGUACCGAAAAAACCGAGAGCGAGAGAAAGGUGUCUUUGGGCGACUUCAACGAAGAGAAAGCAGCCCUCGUUUCCCAAUGUUCGGAAGACGGCGGUGCCCCCGCAGGCGAGGCGACCGAGACAGCGAAGCAGGGCGACCAGUGGGACGGUUCAGAAUUGAACUCGAUCGCCGAGAAGCUGGUCUCGGACGCCAUCCGUUGCAUCCUGACCGUGGCGAGAGAGAAGGGCAUGCUGGCGACCGGCGAAGUUUCUCGUGUAUCGGACGUGAGCCGCAAGGUAAGCGUGAUCCUGGCGAGCAUCGAGGAGAAGCGGAACAGCCGGGAGAUGCGUAAGCCCCAAGACCAUAUGGUGCUGGCAACUGACCUGGACGAAGACGAGGUGGCUUGGAAGGACGCUUCGACCGUCUUCCUCGCCCUGGACAGGGAGUCUCCCCCGGAGAAGUCCGGCAAGGAGCUGUGCUCGCGAGCGGUCCAGGCAGAGGACUGUUUCCUCUCUACCACCUCGGAGCAGGACUGGUUCGACGACGACUUCGGGCUGGGCUCGGGGGAUCAGGUGUUUGCCUACCAGCGCUGCAUCCCCAACAAGCCCCCGCCCCCGUACAGCCCCCCCAAGGGGGGCCUGGCAUCCCGGAUGCUCCAAGAGCCGCCCUGGAGCGUGCCCCGAACCGAAGCCGACAUCGCUGCCGUGGUGCGCAAGGCGGCGGCGCUCGUUUACGAGGCGGCGGCACUCGGAGAGGACGUCGAGGCCCUGCGUUGCGACGCGGGCGACUUGGACGAAAAUGUUCCGGCUUCCGGAGCAUCUUCGGAGAGUGGCAUCGAGGCAGAGAGCCGUCGGUGUUACGCGGAGUUCCUGUUUGAUCUGACCAAAGAGCUGGCUCAAGACAUGUUCUGCAUCGGCCCCUCGGAGGUCUCCCCGCCGUGGCAGCGCGGAGUGCGUCUCCGUCGCAGACGUCCGCUUCCCGCCAGUCAAGACGACUUCGUGGUCGCCCUGGAGAAGAGAGUGUUGUCAGAACGCGGUUUCGGCCGCGGAGACACGGGGACGAGCAAGUGGGAUGCGUCGAGGGGCGCCAACUUUGUGGACGCCCUGCUUCACCGGGAAGUGUGCGAGGAGGAGCCCGAGUGGGUGGACUACAGCCGGGAGGAGGUGGCAGUGAAGGACCAGGUGGCAGACGCCAUCUUUCUACUCCUCGUGGACGACACCCUGGAGGAGCUCAAGAGCCUCUGGAACGGGGCGAGGUGAUGCUAGUGCACUGCUAGGAUUGGAAUCAAGAAACCAUUUGGAUGCUGAGCCUCCGACAGCGCUCCUUACUUUUGUUUGUGCUUUGACUGUGCGCGAGGUAUGUACCGCAGUUGCCAUAGCAAUUUGAGCGUCAAUGACCGCCUGUCUCCAGUGAUGUCGGGGAACGUUGCACUAUCUUUUUCAUGUCUGCCAGUAUUAGGUAGCAUAUUGGUACGGUCGGCCUGCAUGUAGCAAAUAAUGACAUAGUAGUAAAGAUGUGGAAGGACUGAAGUGAAGGUCAAGUGUGCUUCUACUGUGGUGCAGGUGUUGAGACGUGGUUGUAGUGAAGAUGCUGGUGUAGGGAUUUUUCUGAAAGAAUUAAUUUUAUGCUGUGGAAAGGUUCUGCGGUAUUGGGUUCAGAUGUAAGCACCAGAGCUUGAAUCCCACUGGGUUGUCGUUGGCAGUUUUCAAUAGUUAUAGUGCUGAUAUACCGAUCGUGCCAGUAUACACACUUGUUUUUGAGUCUGUUAACGGGGCUACUGAAUUUGUUUUGUCAGCAGGAGCUGUAUACCACCGUUUAUUCUGUUAAUGUGCCUCGAUUAAUGUACUAGGAAAAAAACUUUUUUCCACAAGGUGUUCCAAGGCUGGAAGUCCUCUUGCUCCGACUGGCUAGGGAAAAGGGAGUCAGUAAGAAAAUGGUGAUUUGCCAAGUUGGACUGGAAGACCAUAGUUUGUGUGCAAUGCUCACACCAAACUGCAUAUUCUGCUUCUACUUGAUUGUUCCGUCAUACAUUGCCUACUGGCAGAGUUUGUACUGCUCAGGUCUGGAGAGACAUGUCUCGCUGCUCCAAACUAUUAAAGUCAAAUGGGGCAAGUCGGUUGAACGAGCAAAUUUUUCUUGUAUUGUGGAAGAGCACUAAAAGUUGCAUUGCUGAGGUGCCAUGCUCCCAGGCUUGUGGGAUUA